AGUUUUUGUUCUUUGUUCGAGAGGCAGUGCACAUCACUACAUACACCUACGCACCGUCCUAUAUUCACUCCCCCCCCCCCCAUACAUACACUCCUACCCGUUCUUCAAAGCGAAAGAAAGGAAAAUGUUAGACACCCCCUUGGCGACGAAUGCACCCCAGGUGACGGAGGCGGAGCUCCGCAAGGCACUGCAGACGACACCCCUUCACAAGGUCAAGAACUUCACGGCUGCUACAGUCGCUGCGGACUGCAUUACCUCCGUCGCUGUCGCACUGACCGCCGCCGUGCCCAUCUCCAUCAUCGACUACAGUAUUAUGGCUCGCGUGGCUCGUGUGACGGACAGUAGCAUAAAGGAGAUGUGGAAAGGCGCCAAGACCGUGGUGCUGCGGCCGCAUAAGUUCUUCCUGCCGUGCGCGGAGAACAAAUGCAGCGUGGUGUACCGCGCGUGUGCCACGACGUACGCCUUCACGUAUAUCAGCUCGAACUUGACGAAGAGCUACUUCGAAUCGCACGGGAUGGAGAAGGAGGCGAACCUCGCCGCCGGUAUCUCCAGCGGUGUCGCGAACACCGUGUUUUCGAUUUGGAAAGAUAGCCUGAUUCUCCGUGCACUGCCCCCGGUGGGUGCGAAGGAUCUGUCCAACGCCACGAGGCCGGUCCCAUUUUUGACCCGUGCACUGUUCUGCGGCCGCGACACGCUGACCUGUGUCGGUGCCUUUACACUGGCGCCGAUGGUCGGGGCGUGGAUCUCCGGCUACGCCUACCACCAGAGGUACCUCCCGCAGGCGCCGGAUGCCGUGCUACCGGAGAACCAAGGUAAGACGCGACUGCUGAUUUCGUGCGUCGAUACGGCGCAGAUUAUCACACCGGCCCUCCUGCAGUUAGUCACAACGCUCUUGCACAUCACGGCCAUCCGGUACCGUCAGGCCUACCCCAACUUUAACAUGAAGGACUUGACGGAGAGCCUGCGGAAGACGUACAUUUCCUCCACGCUGUUGCGCAUGGGCCGCAUUAUCCCUGCUUUUGGCUUUGGUGGCAUUAUGAAUCGCGACAUGCGUUCGUCGCUGCUGGACAAGGCAGAGCCGAACACCUUGUAG